AGAUCCUCCCAGAGGACGGUUUGAAACGCAGGAAGGCAGAGAGGGCCCCUGGGAGGAGGCGGUGGGGAGGGUGGAGGGCGGGGGCCGGGGCUCUGCCCGGAGACUUCGGGGUGGGCAUCCUGGGCAGGGCGAGCGGCCGAGGUGUGGGAGGGGAGGAUGCGCCUCUCCAAAACCCUCGUCGACAUGGACAUGGCUGACUACAGUGCCGCGCUGGACCCAGCCUACACCACCCUCGAGUUCGAGAAUGUGCAGGUGUUGACGAUGGGCAAUGACACAUCCCCAUCAGAAGGUGCCAACCUCAACGCACCCAACAGCCUGGGUGUCAGCGCCCUGUGUGCCAUCUGUGGGGACCGGGCCACUGGGAAACACUACGGUGCCUCGAGCUGUGACGGUUGCAAGGGCUUCUUCCGGAGGAGCGUGAGAAAGAACCACAUGUACUCCUGCAGGUUUAGUCGGCAGUGUGUGGUGGACAAAGACAAGAGGAACCAGUGCCGCUACUGCAGGCUCAAGAAGUGCUUCCGGGCUGGCAUGAAGAAGGAAGCUGUGCAAAAUGAGCGGGACCGGAUCAGCACUCGCCGGUCAAGCUAUGAGGACAGCAGCCUGCCCUCCAUCAGCGCAUUGCUGCAGGCCGAGGUCCUGUCCCAGCAGAUCACCUCCCCUGUCUCCGGGAUCAACGGAGACAUUCGGGCGAAAAAGAUCGCCAGCAUCGCAGACGUGUGCGAGUCCAUGAAGGAGCAGCUGCUGGUGCUCGUUGAGUGGGCCAAGUACAUUCCUGCUUUCUGCGAGCUCCCUCUGGACGACCAGGUGGCCCUGCUCAGAGCCCAUGCUGGUGAACACCUGCUGCUCGGAGCCACCAAGCGGUCCAUGGUGUUCAAGGACGUUCUGCUUCUAGGCAAUGACUACAUCGUCCCUCGGCACUGCCCAGAGCUGGCAGAGAUGAGUCGGGUGUCCAUGCGCAUCCUUGAUGAGCUGGUGCUGCCCUUCCAGGAGCUACAGAUCGAUGACAACGAGUACGCCUGCCUCAAAGCCAUCAUCUUCUUUGACCCAGAUGCCAAGGGGCUGAGCGACCCGGGCAAGAUCAAGCGGCUGCGCUCCCAGGUGCAGGUGAGCCUGGAGGACUACAUCAAUGACCGCCAGUACGACUCCCGCGGCCGCUUCGGUGAGCUUCUGCUCCUGCUGCCCACCCUGCAGAGCAUCACCUGGCAGAUGAUCGAGCAGAUCCAGUUUAUCAAGCUCUUCGGCAUGGCCAAGAUCGACAACCUGCUGCAGGAGAUGCUGCUGGGAGGUCCGUGCCAGGCCCAGGAGGGGCUGAGAGGUGGGCGGGGCUCCCUGGCAAGAGAUAAGCCUCACACCUAGGCUCAACUCUCAGCUCCACCACCUCCUCCUUCUGUGGCUUUGCCCAGAUCCCUUAACCUACCUGGGCCUCAGUUUCUUCAUCAAGAAUGGGGACUAUGGUCCAUUUAUUUGGGCACUGAGAGCCUAGUGUGUGCCAGUGACUGUUCUAAGUGCUGGGGAUGCAGCAGAGAACAAGAGCUCUGCCCUCCCAGAGGUUUCGUAGGAGUGCGCAUGCACGUGUGCAUAAGGGCAUGUGGGAGCUGACAGUAACCAAGUAUACAAUAAAGGGGAUAACUACAUUUUUGAACUCAGCAAGUAUUACAAUAGAGAGUAACUGAAAAGGGGCCUAUUUUAAUAGGUUGGCCAACAGAGACAGCCUCUCUGAAGUGGGGACCUUUGUGCUAAGACCCAAUGGAUGAAAGAAAAUAGAACAUUUAAAAGCCAAGAGAAAAACAUUCCAGCCAGAAAUAACUCAUGCAAAAGCCCUGAGGCAGGGGAGGUUUGUGUGUUCGAGAAAGAAGAAUAAGGUCGUGAGAUGGGGGGGGAGGGGGUGUUGCAUGAGAUGAAGACGGUUAUGGGCAGACACCAAAUCAUGAGCGUACAGUCAUGUAGGCCACAGUCAGAAAUUUGGAUUUUAUUUUCAUUGCUACUUCUGUAAAAAGAGUGAAAAUCAGACUACUGUUUUUAACAAACUACUCUGAAUGUUAGGUAGAAAGUGAGUUUCAGAGGGGUGCAGAGAGGCAGACCCCUGAGAAUGUUACUGUCACCAGGCGGGGGUAGGACGGUGGAGGAUGGGGCGAAGGCAUGAUGGGAUAAACUGGAUCAUCUGCGAGGAGGAAGAACACGCAGGAUUUGCUGAUUGAUCGGAUGUGGGGGAGGGGGGACGGGAAGGGUCAAGGAUGAAACCUACAUUUUUCCUUUGAGUGACAGGACUUACUGAGUUGAGGAAGAUGGAGGGAAAACAGGUAGAGGCUGAGAUGCUGGUAGCCAUGGAGAUGAACCAAGAGACCAUUUGGACUUUGGCAAACCUCGAGAGGACUGUAGACAUCCAGGGGGAAGUUAUCAGGAGGACAAGUUCAAAGCUCAGGAUGGAAGGCAGCCCCGUGGUACUCCAGCAAUUAGGGGCCAUGGUGAUAGAUAUUAAGAAGUGGGGGUCAGGGAAUUGACAGCCAUGGUGGGAUGAGAGAAUUUUUGCAGUGGUAGCACUCAAUGAAGUGGGCUGGAAGGAUAGGAGUCAGGAUCUAAGUGAAUUCAGGACUUGGGAGGUGACGCGGUCUCUGGUGAUGGCAUGGCCAACGGCCACCUCAGCAGAUAUUUGGGACUGGAUAAUCUUUUUUUGUGGGGGCUGUUGUGUAUACUGUUUAGCCACAUCCCUGGCCUCUACCCAUGAGAUACCAGUAGCACCCCUGUAGGAGUGACAGCCAAAAAGGUCUGCAGAUACUGUCAAAUGUCCCCUGAGGGCCCCAAGUCUCCCCCAGUUGAGAACUACUAACUCAUUUUCACUUUGACCCUGUGAAUCAUGAAUCAAGUGUCAUUGAGAUCAAGAUCAGGACAGGGGUGUCUGGCUGGCUCAGUCAGAAGAGCAUGCAAAUCUUGAUCUCAGGGUCGUGAGUUCGAGCCCCAUUCUGGGUGUAGAGAUUACUUAAAAGUAAAAUCUUAAAAAAAAAAAAAGAAAGGAUCAGGAUGGAGCUUGUGCUCUGUUGCCAGAUAAACUUGGGUAAAAUAAUUAAUCUCUCUGGGCCCUAUAAUCUCAUCUGUAGAAUGGGACAAUAAUAAUAGCCACCUUAUAGGACUCAAGUUGAGAGGAUUCAGUUAUUUCAAACAUGAAAAGUGCUGUAAAACAGUAUCUGGCACAUGACUGGAUAAAGAAGAUGUGGUAUAUAUAUACAAUGGAAUAUUAUGCAGCCAUCAAA